AGGCUACGCCAUGGUUUUACUGUUUUUUUUACUGCAGUACAGUUCCGGAAUAAUAACCGACGCUAUAUCGUGAUUUUACCAGAGUUUGUCUAUGUAGAUCUAGAUCUAUGACUAGUUGACUACCUAGCUUAGUUUCUAGAUUAGAUCUAUAAUUGAGCCUAGAUCUGUAUCUAUAAUUUAACUAUAUUAGACUUCAUCAAUAAAAUAAACAAUGGAGCCAAUUAAAACUACACGUAUUACUGGGAUCUAUUCUUAUCUCGAAACGGUGGACUGGUCAGAUCCUUGGUUUACAGGCUUGUUUACAUUUCACAUCUUCACAUUUGUUAUAACAUUCAUCACAAGAAGAAAGCAGAUGAUUCAGGCUGCACACUUUAUCAUCCUGUUACUGUUGGUAUAUUGCGCUGAGACAUUGAAUGAACAAGCAUCGCUACAUUGGAAAUUAUUUUCAAAGCAACAGUAUUUUGACAGUCAAGGGAUGUUUAUAUCCAUAGUGUGGUCAGCACCACUUCUUCUUAACUGUCUUGUUAUAGUGAUGAUAUGGAUCCUUACAUCAUCUCAGUUAAUUGUUUCUACUGGCCGACUAAAGCUGGAGGCUGAAAGAAGGGCAAAAGAAAAAAAGAAAGACUAAUACCCUUAAAUGAAAUUAAUUUUCAAGAAGAUAAUUAUUUCAGAAUCUUUAAAUAAAUGUUUAAAAAAUUC